AUGUACAAAGUCAAGGCAAUCUACGAAUACUCCUCCGCCCACGAUGACGAUCUUACCUUUCCAGCCGGACAGAUCAUCACUGUGACGGAGGAGGAAGACGCCGAAUGGUUGGUUGGAGAGUACACCGAUGACGCCGGCAACCACAACGGGGGCCUCUUUCCCCGGAACUUUGUCGAAAAGUACGAACCUGUUGCGCCACCGCGGCCUACGCGCACUCGCACCAAGCGGGACUCGGAGAUUCCUGCGGCCUUUUCGCCCGGCGCCUCCCCCGCCGCUGCCGUGGCCAUGGCCACAGACGAACCGGCCUCCCCCCUGGCCGCUCCGGCGCCAGGUGUUGUGUCUGUACCUGCUGCCGCAUCGCCUCCCCUUGUCUCGUCUCCAGGCCCCGUUGCCGCGGCUGCGCCUGCCCUCCCGUCGCCGGCGGAGGUUCCACAACAUGCAGAGGAAAGGGAGGAAGAGGAAGAAGAGGAACCGGAGCCGCCGAAGCUUGAUAAGACUGUGGUGUCGCCCGUGCCUGCUCCACCUAAGGCCGCCGAGCCGACGUCGCCCGUGUCUCCCGUCGCCGCGUCUAAGGCCCCCGAAGCUGCCCGCCCACCUCCUGCUGCUACUUCGAAGCCUGCCCCGCCCCCCGUUUCUGAAAAGCCCUCGGGCAACUCCUUCCGCGACCGUAUUGCGGCAUUUAACAAACCUGCUGCACCGCCCAUCACUCCGUUUAAGCCUAGUGGCCUUGGUAGCGGCUCAGGCAGCAGCAACUUCAUCAAGAAGCCGUUUGUCGCACCUCCCCCGAGCCGUAAUGCCUUUGUCCCUCAACCACGAGAUGUCCCGACCGCCAAAAUAUACCGCCGAGAUGAAGACCCGGAGAUCAAGGAGCGCGAGGCCGAGAACCUGGAGUCCGCUGAGAAGGCUGGUCUUGUUCCAGGCGCAGCGUCUGCAGGUGCUUCUGCAGGUGGCGGUGAGGGCGACGAUGACGAGCCCAAGCCCAUGAUGAGCUUGAAGGAGCGCAUGGCCCGUUUGCAGAAAGAGCAACAAGACCAGGCGCAGAGACACGCGGAUGCCGCUGCCAAGAAGGAGAAGCCUAAGAGACCCCCAAAGAAGCGUCUCGAGAGUUACGACUCCGCGGGUGCAGCUGCCAGUGCUGGUGCUGCUGCCGGUGCUGCUGACGAGGCUUCUCUUCCUACCCUUGAGCGAAAAUCCACAAGCGACACGAUUGGCCGCCGCUCCGUCGAAGAGCCUGCCACUGCUCACCCACACCGCGUACCCCAUCCUCCCCGCCGCAAGACGUCUAAGGAUCCUGAAAGGCCCGAGGCUGAUGGCAACGAUGCCGAUUUGUCUGGUGCCGGUGACACAACUGAAGGCCAAGACGACGAGAUCACCGAACGCGACGACAGCGACGAGAAGUCGAGACGCCCAUCUCGAACAAUCCCCAUUAUUGUGCCAAGCGAGAGACGCUCCGUUGAACAGAAUCGCGCUAAAGUGCCUGACGAGGAUGACGGGGAGGAAGAGGGAGAGGAGCAUGCCCCUGAGUCCACGGGCGCAAAGGCGGCGGAUGAAGAGGAUGAGGAACAAGAGGCUGGUGGGGAGGGCGAGGAGGACGAAGGCGAUGAGACAGAUCCCGAGACACGCCGUCGUGAAGAGCUGCGGGCGCGGAUGGCUAAGAUGAGCGGGGGUAUGGGCAUGAUGGGUAUGCAAGGCAUGCAAGGCAUGUUUGGCGCGCCGCCGUCCCAGGGACCAAAGAAGAAGAAGGCGGCAGCACCAGCUGCGCCCGCAGAAGAGACAACGUCACCCAGCACCCGUGCUCCGCCUGUGCCCUCUAUGUUGGCGCUGCCUGGCAUGAUGGGCCGCCGCUCUGAAGAGAAGCCCGCGGAAGCGCCUGCGGACGAAGGAAACGAAGAGGAAGAAACGCCUGAGCCCAUCACCAAGGAGUCGCGUUCCCCAUCAAUCCCGACCCGAGGUGCGGCACCACCCAUCCCAGGCGGCCGUCCUGUGCCACCCGCUCCUCCACCUGCGGCGGCAGCCGUCAUUCGUUCGCAGAGUGAGGGCUCUGCUUCGGACGACGAGCUGUCCGAAGCCCAGCGCGACCCCCUGGAAACACCCAGAGGCGAGCCAGCGCAGCUGCCACCGCCUCCACCUCCUCCUGCCUCCGCGCCCAAAGCACCGGCGGUCCCCACGUCUCCCCGACCCACGAGUAGCGGCCAACGUGCUGCGGAAGCUGCUGGUUCGCCGUCCUCACCAACCUCCCCGCAGAAUAAGCGUGCCAGCCGCCUGCCGCCCCCGAUCCCUGGUACUGCGCCAGCCCCGCCCCCGCCCGUCCAGACCCGGCCGCCACCGCCGCCUCCCCCAACUUCUCUGAGCCGCCAGUCUACCGCUGAUAUGCGGUCGCCGUUGUCACCUAGCAGAUCGCAGCCGCUCGGAUCAGACGAUGAGGAGGAGGAGGAGGUUACAGAGUACGAGGGCGAUUAUGACACUGACAUUGCCAACCCUGUCUCCCACAAGAACUCUCUAAAGGCUCAUGCCCGCGAUUCUAGCCUCGAAGACAGUGCAUCUCUGAAGUCGCCCACUUUGGAGAAAACACCAUCCUUCCCACCGCCAGUUCCGGGUGCGUCCAGAGCGCCGCCUCCGAUUCCGAGCCAACCACCGCCCCCACCCAGCUUGCCCCCAAGUCUACCUCCCAGCGGACCGCCCGGCGUCCCGUCCAGCCAGCCGCCUUCUCGCCCAUCAAUUGGCGACAAGAGACGGUCCGUGGACGUGCCUCGGGGCCCUCCGCCUCCGCCUCCUCCACCACCUAUUUCGAGCCAGACGCCGCGCCACGGUGAUGACUACGACCCGUACAAUUACUCUGCGCAGCCAACCUCGCCCGGUGUAGCUCUGCCAGGACUUACUUCUGGGGCUACUGGAUCGUUUAUGGAUGACUCGUACUCAACACCCGACCUCAGCUUCUCUGUAUCUGGCGCUUCGGCCUCGACCGUCACUGGAUCUCGGGGCGGCGCUGGUGCACAGUACCCACCCGGGCCGCCGCCACCCCCACCAAAUGCACCAGCACCGAGUGCUGGCCCUGCACACAGCAGUCGCGGCACACGGCAGUCCAUGGACAUGCCUCGGGGCGGUGUCUCCGGUGUGCGUCGUUCUCUAGACGUGACCCGCCCCUCGAUGGAGUCGGGUUUUGUCGCCAACGACCUGGAUCUGGCACCUCACUCUGGAUGGUGGCUGCAGCCAAAUAGCCUGCCACCCCAGCUGCAAGGUCGCAAGGACAUCUUCUUCGAAUCUGAGGAGUCGCAGUCGGCCAAGCGGGGCGGCAAGGUGGAGAUCACCCGUGACCUAUACGUCCUGUACGUGGACUACUCGCAGACAGUCAUCACCGUUCGCUUUGACCCGUCCGACUCGUCCGACGUUCACCUGGAGCAGCGCCACGAGCCACCGCCGCGCAGCUUGCGCCAGGAUCAACUGGAGCAGUCGUACGAGCGCUUCGGUCGUCACAUUGCCGACUCCAUCCUCGCCAAGAAGGACACCGUUGUGGGCGACGGGACACCACAGACGCUCGUCCUCGAGCUGAUCAAGCCGUUCCGGGAUGCCCUGCUACCGGUUGGCACGCGCGCUUUCGGCGCUCUUGUCUACUCCAACUUGGCCAACGCCAGCACAUUGCAAAACGACGAGAUCCGCGCUGGUGAUAUCAUCACGCUGCGCAAUGCCAAGUUCCAAGGCAAACACGGCGCGAUGCAUGCCAAAUACAGCAUGGAGGUCGGCAAGCCUGAUCACGUCGCCGUUGUGGGUGAGUGGGACGGCACCAAGAAGAAGGUGCGUGCCUGGGAGCAGGGCCGCGAGAGCAAAAAGGUGAAGCUCGAGAGCUACAAGCUGGAUGACUUGCGGUCCGGCGAGGUCAAGAUCUGGCGGAUCAUGCCGCGCAGCUGGAUCGGUUGGGAGGGCCAGAACUAG